AUGUGGACUCGCUCUCAGCACUUCUGCGACGUCUCGCUGCGAAGCACCGAUGGACGGAUCUUCAAGGCAAAGAGUGGAUUCGAUAUCCUGUCGCGACAGCCAGAGCAGAGCGAGAGCAGGGAGGCAUCACGCAGUCUCCAGAGCAGGCGCAUCGCCUUGUGCUCUCGAUGGCUUCCGAUCCUCUCUUCGCCAUGCUCAGCGGCAGCUUUGCAGAAGGGCCCUUUCCUCGGCCGUGCACGUAGAACAGAGGCAGCACAAACGCAACAGUCGGAGGUGCCCUUUGACUACUCCGGUGAGGCGCUGAACGCCUUCCUAGAGUUCCUGUACAAAGGCACAUUCUGCGUCAAGAAGGCGAUUCUACCCGAGCUGUUGCGGCUGGUUCACCAGUGGGAGGUGCAGCCGCUGCAGGCAGCACUCAAUGAGCUGCUGGUGAAGCACAUGACGCCGGAGCUCUGCUCCUCGCUGAUCGUGGACUGCGAGGUCUUGCUCGUGGACAAGCUUGAUGAGAUGCUAGAAAGCUAUGUCCUGGAGAACUUUGGAUCCUGUGUGCGAACAGAGCAGUUCGGAUCUUGGCCAUUGCACCGGAUGAUUGGAAUUCUGCGCAGUGACGACCUGGUGGCCGAGCACGAAGAGGAAGUGUUAGCGGCUGUGAUGCACUGGCACCGGAGUGGCCCUGGACGCGAUGAUGCGACAGCAGCGCUACUUCAGAUGGUUCGCUUUCCGCUGCUGUCGGUGGCAGCUCUGCAAGGCCUUGGCAGCCGGGAAGGUCUAACAGGCCUUCCAGGAGUUGUUAUGUCCCGCCUCGCAGCGGCCGCUUUGAAGGUCCACCAGGGCUGCCCACAGAGCGACUGCCAACGCUGGGACAGACCAGAUAGCCACGAUGAGCAGGCGUCCUUCAUGAAAACCGUGAAGCUUCGCAACGCGUACCCUUACUGGUGGGCAGACUUCGGCUGUUCUCUCCGUGGCGGCGGUGUCGUGGCUGAGCGAAGCGGCAUCGACACGGAGGGCGAGUUGGAACCCUGGGCCGUGCACAUUCAUGACCAGUCUCUGUACAUCAUUGAUGGCCGGGAGCCAUGCUGCGUGCUGCAGGCACAGCAGUAG